CGCGUCGCCGGAUGUGAGUGAGUUGACUGUAGCGACAACAUGGGCCGAGAGUCACGGCACUACAGGAAGCGCUCCAGCUCCAGGGGCCGGUCAGGCAGCAGGUCUAAGAGCCGCUCUCCAGACUCGAAGCGCUCGAAGAAGGACGACCGCACCGCUUCUAGAACACACAGCAGACGAGAGAGAUCCCGCAGCAGAGAGAGACGCAGAUCUAGAGAACGCAAGAGACAGAGGCGCUCCAGUCGAGACAGGAGACGCUCACGCAGUCGAGAACGCAGGAGGAGCAAGAGCAGGAGCAGAGGCAGGAGCAAGGAGAAGCCGGAGAAUGGAGAUCAGACGGCUGACAAGAAGAAGAUCAAGGAGGAGAAGGAGGAGGAGAAGCCUGAAGACCAGGACUUUGACCAGAACACCCUGGAGGAGGAGAUGAGGAAGAGGAAGGAGCGUGUGGAGAAGUGGAGGGAGGAGCAGAGGAAGAAGGCCAUGGAGAACAUCGGGGAGAUCAAGAAGGAGCUGGAGGAGAUGAAGCAGGGCAAGAAGUGGAGCCUGGAGGAUGAUGACGAUGAUGAUGAGGAGACCACAGCACCUGCAGAGCCGGAUGGAGAUGAUGAGGAGGAGGAGGAUAAAGCAGCAGAAGCAGAAGAGAGUGAGCGUAUGGAGGAGGAGGAGGCCGGAGAGGAGGUGGACCCACUGGACGCAUACAUGGAGGAGGUCAAGGAGGAGGUCAAGAAGUUCAACAUGGGCACUAUGAAGGGAGCCAACGACAAGAAAGGAGGGAUGUCUGUGACUAAAGUGGUGACGGUGGUGAAGACCAAGAAGAUGCCGCACACCACCAAGAAGAAGGGGGAGCUGAUGGAGAACGACCAGGACGCCAUGGAGUAUUCGUCAGAGGAAGAGGAAGUGGACCUCCAGACAGCGCUCACAGGCUUCCAGACGAAGCAGCGGAAGGUUCUGGAGCCGGUGGACCAUCAGAAGAUCCAGUACGAGCCCUUCAGAAAGAACUUCUAUGUGGAGGUGCCGGAGCUGGCCCGCAUGAGCCCUGAAGAGGUGAACGAGUACCGUCUGGAGCUAGAGGGAAUCACUGUCAAAGGCAAAGGCUGUCCAAAGCCCAUCAAGACCUGGGUGCAGUGUGGGAUAUCCAUGAAAGUGCUGAACGCGCUCAAGAAACACAACUACGAGAAGCCGACGCCGAUCCAAUCGCAGGCUAUACCGGCCGUCAUGUCAGGGCGAGAUCUCAUCGGCAUCGCCAAAACAGGAAGCGGAAAAACCAUCGCCUUCCUGUUGCCCAUGUUUCGGCACAUAUUAGACCAGCGGCCGGUGGGAGAGGCUGAAGGACCCCUCGCGGUGAUCAUGACCCCGACACGAGAGCUCGCUCUGCAGAUCACCAAAGAGUGUAAGAAGUUCUCCAAGAGUCUGGCCCUGCGAGUGGUGUGUGUGUACGGCGGCACCGGCAUCAGUGAGCAGAUCGCAGAGCUGAAGCGCGGAGCGGAGAUCAUCGUCUGCACACCCGGCCGGAUGAUCGACAUGCUGGGAGCCAACAAUGGUCGGGUCACUAAUCUGCGCAGGGUGACGUAUGUGGUGAUCGACGAGGCUGACCGAAUGUUUGACAUGGGCUUUGAGCCGCAGGUGAUGCGUAUCGUGGAUAACGUCCGACCGGACCGUCAGACCGUCAUGUUCUCCGCCACUUUCCCCCGCACCAUGGAGGCUCUGGCCCGCAGGAUCCUGUCCAAACCUGUGGAGGUGCAGGUGGGCGGACGGAGUGUGGUGUGUUCAGACGUGGAGCAGCACGUGAUCGUGAUCGAGGAGGAGAAGAAGUUCCUGAAGCUGCUGGAGAUUCUGGGCCACUAUCAGGAGAAGGGCUCCGUCAUCAUCUUCGUGGACAAGCAGGAGCACGCGGACGGCCUGCUGAAAGACCUGAUGAAGGCCUCGUACCCCUGCAUGUCUCUGCAUGGAGGCAUUGAUCAGUACGAUCGAGACAGCAUCAUCAAUGACUUUAAGAACGGGGCGUGCCGGCUGCUGGUGGCCACAUCGGUGGCGGCGCGAGGCCUGGACGUCAAGCAGCUGAUCCUGGUGGUGAACUACAGCUGCCCCAACCACUACGAGGACUACGUGCACCGCGCAGGACGCACCGGACGAGCUGGAAACAAGGGUUAUGCCUACACAUUCAUCACAGAGGAACAGGCCCGAUACUCUGGAGAUAUCCUGAAGGCUCUGGAGCUGUCGGGAUCAGCCGUCCCUGCGGAGCUCGAGCAGCUCUGGACAAACUUUAAAGAGCAGCAGAAAGCCGAGGGGAAGAUCAUCAAGAGCAGCAGUGGGUUCUCUGGGAAAGGCUUUAAGUUUGACGAGACUGAGCAUGCUCUGGCCAACGAGAGGAAAAAGCUGCAGAAGGCGGCGCUCGGCCUGCAUGACUCUGAUGAUGAGGACACCGCGCUCGACAUCGAUGAGCAGAUCGAGAGCAUGUUUAACUCUAAGAAGCGAGUGAAGGAUUUCUCGGCUCCGGGCUCCGUGUCUGCGGGGUCUGCAGGUGGUGUGAGCGGCUCCGUGUCUGCAGUGUCCGGCCUGGGCAGUCUGAGCGCUCCGUCUGCCGGAAACAUCCAGAAGCUGGAGAUCGCCAAGAAGCUGGCACUCAGGAUACAGGCGCAGAAGAACCUCGGUGCAGAGGCGCAGGAUGUGAUGCAGCAGGCCACGAAUGCUAUUCUGCGCGGCGGGACGAUAAUCGCACCUUCAGUUUCGGCUAAAACCAUCGCGGAGCAGCAGGCGGAGAAAAUCAACGCCAAACUGAACUACACACCGGUGGAGAAGCUGGAGGAGGAGAGACAGGCGGCGGAUGCUGCAGAGACCGUCAAGAGAUACGAAGAGGAGCUGGAGAUCAAUGACUUCCCACAGACGGCGAGGUGGAAGGUCACGUCUAAAGAAGCUCUGCAGCGAAUCGGCGAGUAUUCAGAGGCCGCUAUCACUAUACGAGGAACAUACUUCCCUCCAGGAAAAGAGCCCAAAGAAGGAGAACGCAAGAUUUAUCUGGCCAUCGAGAGUGCGAAUGAACUGGCUGUUCAGAAGGCGAAGGCAGAAAUCACACGGCUCAUCAAAGAGGAGCUCAUCCGCCUGCAAAACUCGUACCAGCCGACCAGCAAAGGCCGAUACAAGGUCCUGUAGAGCCGCGGUGGAUGCAGACGCUCCUCUGGCUCUCUGUUAUGAGCUGAUCAGACGCCUGAUUGGCUGAUCCUGAAGUUUAUUUUUUUUACCCAUUGUUUCAUGUAGUGUGCGUCGAUCACUUUGAAUAUUUUAAAAUUCCAUCUUACUAGAUUGUAAACUCAUUUGGAAAUAAAUGUUUUUUUUCUUGUG